UAUAGGUGUCACCAUUAGAUUUUGUUGCUAAACACUGAUUCGAAUAUCAGGGAAAAAAAAUUUUAUCAAUAAAGAUUAUUUUGGUUAUUUUUUGUUAAUAAUGAGUGAAAAAAAGUGUUAUUUUUUUGUGUUAUUCCAUUAUUGAGCCAUUCGAUUUGUUGCAUUCGAUGAAAUCUGUUGAUCAUCAUCAAACAGGAAAAAUGUCCAAUUUAAUUGUAAAAUCAAAUUAUUUUCGUUUAACAUUUUUACCAAACAUCAUCAUUUAUAAAUAUAGUGUUCGAAUAUCACCUAAUAUUGAUGAUGAAAAUGAUGUACGGAAUAUUAUGAAAAGAUUUAUUAAACAAAAUUCAUCCGUAUUAUUCGAAUGUUAUUAUGAAAAUGGUUUCAUUUAUUCACGAUCAUUAAUCAUUAUCAAUCGAAUUCGUAACAAUAUUGUUAAUUUACGAAAAGGUUUUCGUAAUGAACGAUUUACAAUAAAUUUAAAAUAUAAUGGCCAAUUCAAUUCUUUGGCUGAAGCCGGAAUAGAUUUGCAAAAGUUAUUUCGAUUCUUUGUUGAGAAACAGAAAAAAUUGAUAAAUAAUGGAACAUUUGCUCUAAACGAAUAUCCAUUCCCAAAGGAUGGAAUUUCAGUUAUUGUUGGAUUUCGAUUUUUAAUCAUUCCAAUACCAGAUCCAUUAAUUCUCAUAUCAAGACAAGUAAUAUUUUAUGAUGGAAAGAUUCAGAUUUUUGAGUAUAAAUCUAUUUCUGAUGAAGCUGAUAAAACUUUCGGCGAUGAAUUGAAUUGUGGUCCUAAAAAAGAAUUUGAAUUUUUUAGAAAAUGUCGUGCCGAAAUAGAAAAUUGUAUCGAAUCAUUCGGUAUCAAGAUUCAUUCGGAGCUAUUCGAAACAAACGGAACAUUACUUUUUCAUCCAGAAAUUAUUCCAGACUCGCCGGAUAAACCAUUCUUCAGUAAACCAUCCAAUACAAUAAAUUUUGCCAUUCUUUGUUUUCAUCCAUUUGAUUCAGAUAAAAUGGAAAAAUUUGAAGAAUCGUUUGUUAAAAAAACCAAAAAAUUUGGAAUGAAUUUUGAAAAAUGUUUCGAAACACAAUUUGUUGACAUCCGAAAUGAUUCGGAAAUUGCAACAGUUUUUCAAAAUUUGAAAAUUCGUGAUAUUCAUUUUGUUUUCAUUGGUCUUUCUGCAUGUUCUAGCAGCGAUUAUGUUUUUGAAAAGAUCAAAUCUAAUGCAACUAGUGAUCAUGGACUUGUCACUCAAAUAUUCAUAAUUGAAAAACUUGAUUGGAAUAUAGAAAUGCCCGAAUUUUAUAGCAGCUUAGCGAUUAAAUCUUGUUUGAAACUAGGUGGUCAACCGAAUAUAAUCGAUCCUACUUAUUGGAAUGCUUUUCCUUUCAAGCCAGAAUCUACUAUGGUAGUCGGAACUUCUUGUUAUCAAUUCAAGCUUGAUAAUAUUCGUAAAAAUCUCUUCUCACAUUCAAUUGUGGCAUCGAUGGAUACCGAAUUCUGUCAAAACAUUUCCAUCGAGCGUGUUUCAAUAAAACAAAACGAUAAACAACUCUUUGAAGAAAUAUUUGAAAGUUUAUUAAAAGAAUAUCAUAAAGAACAUGGCAAAUAUCCUAAAAAUAUUAUCAUAUUUCAUGGAAAAAGACGGAUUCACGACGAUCAAUACACGGAUUUAAAAACUACUGCUAAAUCGAUUGAUGAACGAAUAAAAGUGACAAGCUUUUCGAUUGAUAAAUCUUCACCAAUUCGUUUCAUUAAGAAUGAUGACGAAAAAGUUCCAAUCGGGACUUGUGUUGAUCUUAAAUUUCAACAGUCUAAUGGUUCGACAAAAGAAUUUGCUAUUUGCAGUGAGAUCGGAAACGAAGCUGUCCGAUACAAAACAACAAAAUUUACAGUCAUCAAUGAUGAUUCGAGAAUGUCUGAAACGCAAAUCAAACAUCUUUGUUAUGCAAUGUGCCAUAUUUAUUUUGAUAAUUUCUGUAUCAACGAUGUACCAUUUUCACUUGAAUUGGCUCAACAAUUUGCAAAAAAGGCAGCAAAAAAAUGCAUUGGACGAAAUGAUAUUAAUCGAAUAGAUUCGAUCGACGAAAUUAUUGAAAAUUUUUCUCGAAAAGUUCGUAUUCAUGGUUAUCUCGAAGUUCCUGUUGAUGAUGAGUAAUAUUUUUCCAAGAAAAAAAAAGAUGAAAGUUUUAAAAAUUGAUUUUCAAAACUAUUUCGAUCAAUCAUAAAUUAUUGAUUUUACCAUUCACAGUUUAUUGUAUCAAUCCAGACACACACACACACACACACACACACUCAAACAUACA